UGGAGCGUCCUUCUCCCCCAAGAGCUUACAUCUCACUCCCAAGGGCCCUGCAAGCAGGCCAUGGUGACGUGUAUCCCAGAAUAUGCCCCCUACUUGUGUAUUGCCUCCCUCUCUACCACACUUCUUGUUCGCGCCAUAUCCAGUCUUAAUAACCUCCCAAUUGCAACCACCAUGUUAAAGACUUGGGGAGGUGAGGAGUCGGACGGCUCUGCCGGCGGGGGUGUGAAGCGUGGCAGGAAGCUCUUUCUGCAGGGGCGAGGGGAACAUCGCUUUAUUACUGUGGUAAUCCGUAUCGUGAGGUCGAUCUCAAUCGUAAUUAUUGCAUUGCUACCAUAUGUCACGAUAAAAUGAUAUUGCAGUGGUG